CCCGAAGCGAUCGGCAGACCGGUGAUAUAAAAAUAUCAACUUCUUUUUAUGAAGUCAACGUCACGGUGACUAAAUCUCGCGGCGGAAUCCAUGGAUCGAUUUAUAAGGAUCAAAUUUUUUCUAUUUAUCCUCAAAGGAAUCAAUAUUGUGACAAACCUAGCACUUAUGACGUAUCGAGAUGUGAACUAGAGCAGAAUUACUCAGAAGAGUCAGCCUCGCAUCAGUUUCCGCCUCAGACAUCAAUAUCGGGACCUUGAUCGUAGCCGUCAGCAUACGAAGACAUUUCCACGUUUCCCCGCAUCUUAUUUUAUCUGAAAUGCCGCAGCGAUUGUCACUUGUAUUCUUCAGUUCUCGCUAGCUAUGUCCGAGACAGCUAUCUCGCAUACCAACCUACAAAUCCGGACUAAGAUAGUUAGCCAUACGAAUAGACUCUCUCCCAUUUCACAACUCGCGGAUAAGAACCAAAAUGCAUAUACUUGACCUUCCAGUCGAAUUAAUGCACAUGAUCUUGCUCGAAGCUGUCAUUUCCCGGGGUGUCACAAGAGGCCUUAGACUAAAGCUUGUCUGCAGUAGGUCAACUCCCGUCCUCGCCAAGCCAGAAACCAGAAACCAGCUGAUGGUAACUCAGAACGGUUUUACGAAUGCCUCCGGCCUGCUCUAUUUGAGUCGCGGCUUCUUGAUGACUUUAGCAUUAUACCUCGCUACAAUGACCUCGACUUCAUGGAGCUGUGGUAUAUUCGGACGCAGUAUGGGGCAGCCGACUUGUGGCAUUCUUAUUUUGUCUAUCGAGUCCAAAGUAAAAAUGGCCCUCACGUACGCUGCUUCGUCGAAAUACGGCAUUUAGCAGAGAGCCUUUGCCGCCAGACACAAGCAGAGUAUACCGAGAUGGUCGAUAUUUUGUGUUGGCUCGCGCUGGAGCGAUAUGUAGGCGCCCAAGGUUACCGAGAAGACCGUCCACACGAUGGCGAUACACCAGACCUAGGUCAGAAGCUCUUAGGCGCAGCAGCUUACCUCGAUAACCUCCCCCUAGUUAGGCAAUUACUUUCAGAUGGCCAUUGUCCAACAGUGAACAAUCAUAUAAUUCCUUCGCCUAUGCAGCUGGCCGCAUGGGCAGGCAAUGUCGAUAUGUUAAAACUUCUCCAAGAACACUUACCAGAUUUUGAGAAUAUACCAUUUGAAGCCGAUUCCUGGAGAAGCAAAACUGGACCCGGUUCUAUUAAGGGAGCCUCAACCCGCGGAGAUAUGAACAUACUCCGUCUGGCGAUAUAUCCCCCUUCACGAGUAACACCCGAUAGCAAAGAUUUUGCCGGUUACCCAUUUGGUCGAGUCGAUCCAUACUCCCAGCAAGGUGGUGACCUCCGAUCUGCCCUUCUGUGCGCCAAGACCCCAGAAAUUUUCCAGUACAUUCAAAGAUUCUUUCAAGAUCCGGGAGUAGACAACCGGUUCCUCUUGGUGCGCUACGCCGAGCUAGGUAAUGUGGACAUGGUAAGAUAUCUUCUUGAUGCAGGUGUCGAUAUCAACGGCGGAGAGAGGCUUAAUUGUAACCCACUGUCCUGCGCGGCGCGGUACUGGCACGAAGACAUCGUUGAUCUACUACUGAAGCGCGGUGCUGAUCCCAACUAUCAAACCGUGCAGCAGCGCGGCUCGCCGCUGCGAGCUGCGGCUAUGAGUGGAAGUAUGACGAUUGUGCGCAAGCUAAUUGAUAGUGGCGCCAAGUCAAUCGAUAACGACUGGUGGCCGCUUUUCGAAGCUAUCCGGCUUGAACACACUGCUAUGGUGAGACUGCUAUUAGACCUGAACAUUGGCGAUGCAGCUGCUCGGUCGCAGAUAUUAAAGCUGGCGUUGGAUUUGGGCCUAGACUCUAUGGUAGAACUUUUGCAACAACGGGGCGUAAGCCUGCCGUCAUGAUAUUGGUGGAGGCAUGUAAGCGUACAUAAUAUUGAAGUUGUAGAUGGUAGAUUCCUACGGUAGGUAGUUGGG